AAAGCCCCAAGAAGAAUCCCACCGACGCAUAAUACCUCUAUCCCUCCAUAACUUCCCCUCUCUUUUAUACCCUCCAAACAACCCAUAAGCCACAACCUCCCUUUAACAAGAAGAAGAAGAAGAAGAAGAAGAAAGUUGGAUCAGAAAAAGCAAAUUUCAAUAAAUGGGAAAUUGCUUGUUUGGGGGUGUUGGGGAGGCAGAAGGGUUGGUCCAAGUGACGACUUCCAAUGGUGGCAUAAUGGAAUUCUAUGCGCCAAUCACAGUAGGCUCAAUCACCAAAGAAUUUCCAAACCAUGGAAUUUUCAGAAGCCAUGACCUCUUCUGGAAGCCACUAUCUCACCAUGAAGAUCUUGUGGCAAGACAAAACUACUAUCUCCUCCCACUCACCAGCCAAAGUGGUCACUUGGGCAGUGCCCAAAUUGUGAGGGAAGGCCAUGUGAGAUCAAACAGCAUACCUACUUGCCCCCUUUCUGCACCAUACAGAAUGUCGCUUGAUUAUCAAGGCAUGAUGAAGAGGUCUUACACAGAAGCUUUUUCAAGGUACAACAAUGUCAGCUUUUGGAAGGUGAAGCUUGUGAUCAGCCCUGAGCAGCUGCUGGAGAUUUUGGCUCAGGAGGGAAGAACCCAGGAGUUGAUUGAGAGUGUGAGGACUGUGGCUAAGUGUGGGAAUGGUGGCUCUGCCUCUGGUUUGGGAUUUUCUGACCAGUGGAGUCUCUCAAGUAGUAGUAGAAAUGCUUCGUCUAAGAAAGAUGGAAUAUUGCUAGACAUUUAGAGGGAAAUAUAUGGAAUUACAGUGUUCAAUUUUCUGUUUCUGGUUUUGGUUCCAGUGUUGUAAGAAUUAGAUUGUGCUGCUCAUAUAUAGUCUUAUUUCUCUUGUAUGCAUGGAUUAUGAAGUUGUUAAUGAAGAUUUUCACCCUUCCUAG